UGAGCUCAGAAAGACAUCUUUUAGGCAAUAGGAAGCCACCUUGGUGUAGAUUUGACCAAACUAUACAUAAUUGCUUGUUAUCUAAGCAACUGGGGUUUGUGCCUAAACUGAUAACGGAUAAGUGGGUAUUUGCUUAUUUUGAUCCUGACAUCCUAAUCAAAAUUUCUGUGUUUCGUGUGUCUUUCUAAUUUCACUGAACAAUGGGAAAAGCGGGCAACUGCACGUUCAUGGGAGGUGGGAUCCCUCUGUCAUCAGAGUUCUUUAAAGUGAUCAAGAACGAUCUCUGGCUGUUCCUUAUUCCUGCUGUGUUUGCUAUGCUUCUGCUUGCUCUCUUCAUGGAGGAGAUCGGCUUCUUUCUGCGUCAUGUCCCCUCUCAGCGACGUAGACGUCUCAGCCUGUGGAUCCUGGGAAUAUAUCCAGUCUUCGGGAUGACGUCUAUCGUUGCGCUGUAUGUUCCACGCUCCUCAUCUCUGUGCAAUUUCAUUGCAUCUCUGUAUCACAACAUUACACUCUUUAAGUUCAUGGGUCUUAUCAAAAACUUCUUUGGUGGAAAGACUCGCAUGCUGGAGAUGUUAGCAGGGGAGCAGGUGUCUCCAAACCCCUUCCCUUGCUGUUGCUGCUGCUGUCUUCCUCUCUUCAACAUCAACAAGACCAGCGUGAGCUGGAUGAUGGCUGCUGUUCUUCAGCUUUCUGCGGUCAGAACAGUCCUGUUCUUCGUCACUCUUGUUCUCUGGACUGAUGAGCGUUACGACUAUGGAGAUGUGAAUUCAGCUAAUCUCAACAUGUAUGUCAAUGCCAUCAUUGCUGUAUCCACAUUUCUGUCCUUCUAUGGCUACUUGCUGUUUUAUACAGCCACAAAAAGGGCAUUGCCAGGAUAUGGUCUUCGAGCCAAGUUUAUUUGCAUCAUUGUCAUCCUGGCCCUUUGUGGACUACAGAGUGGAAUUCUGGAGACCAUGGGUGCGCUGAAUGUCAUCCCCUGCACUCCUCCCUUCUCUGACCUGUUUCGGUCUCAAUUAAUCUACCACUAUUCUGUAAUUGUGGAGAUGUUCUGCAUCAGCCUCUUUGCACAUCACACAUUCCGGAAAGUUGAACCCUGUCAUGACGAGAGUGAAGAAAUUGAAGUUGACGUCAUAAGAGCUCUCAAUGAAAAGGCAAUUCAGACAGAAGUUGAGCUGCCAAUCGCUGUGCAGCUCUCCUCUCAAGAAGACGAUCUGUGCCAUUCUAACUUUGGAUACAAUAGCGACAGUGAAGACAGCCUCUGUAAAAUUGAACAUGCACCACUGGACCGCUUUCCUUUCCUACAGCACAGUCUGCAAACUGCAGCAAACACUGAGAAAGAACUUACAACACAACCUGAGGACUCCAUGACUGUGGAGCGGCCGACAAUUACUGUCAGUGCUGAAAUUAACCAUGUUAACAAUAGUGAUGUUACUGUUGUAUAGAAGAAAACAGAGAGAAAAUGUAUAUAUAGAUUGUAUAGUCUUAUACUUUAACUCUUUAGCAUUCCUUUCAAAUUUAACUCAGUGCAAAGUGUUCCGCGGGUGGUACAUUGGAAUGCUUCCAGGUUAAAGAGAUAGUUCACCCAAAAACUUAAAUUCUGUCAUUAAUUACUCACCCUCAUGUCAUGCCAAACCCGUUAGAUCUUUGUUCAUCUUCAGAACAUGAAUUCAGAUAUUUUUGAUGAAAUCCAAGAGCUCUGUAAC